AUGGGUCAUCAGCAAAGUUCUAUGAACCCAUCGCGGGGAGACUCGCAUGGGGACAGACAUCGACAUUAUGACGCUGGUGUGAGUGGUCCAACGUCUGCAUCCGACCAAGAUCCAUAUGCUUCUCGUAAUGGCAGAGGCGGCAGGCGUAAUUUAGUAGCAGCUAUCGUUGGUGGCGGAUCGAAUAAUGAGGUACCAGAGAGGAAGGAAACAGCGGCCGAGCGACAACUGAGAAGACUGGAAAGGGAGAGGAUUGCGAGGAUAGAAGAGCGAGAGAGGAGCAUCAAGGAGGAGCAUGUUGAUGGCGGAUAUUUAGUUACAAUGGGCGUAUACACCGGACCGGAAGAUUUCAAUAAGGCAAUAGUGAGGCAGUUGAUGAUUGAGCGACGAGUCGCACCAUUUUGGAGAGGCUUAGAUGAUUACCAGGAUGAUUGGACUGAACAUCAAUUGGUUGCUGCUGGUAGAGGCCUUCCCAUUCCCGCCGCAGAUGAAGUACCUGCCGAAGAUAUCGCCGGGCCUCAUUCUCCCGACUCAGCGAAUGUAUCAAGUUCGAAUUUACAAAAUUUGAUGGUGCCAUUAGCUUCACGAACCCAAUCUGCCUCCUACGACACUUCGCUUAGCCUCUCUCCGUCACACCCGGCAUUCAGUACGCCAUCUUCAGUACCUCCACUCAACGCCCCUACCACUUCCACCUCUCUGCUUCGACCUAGAUCUAAAACGUUGGGCUUGAGAUCUUCAGCCAAAGAACCGCCAGCACCGGAUCCCGCGCCGCGCGAAAUUCAAUUACCUAGAGAUACCCAAGUAAAUGGUCAGGCUAUUGAGGCUUUCCUGUAUAAGGAUGCCGUAGAAUGUUCGAUAUGCUUGAUUUGGUAUCCCCCGUAUCUCAACAGGACUCGAUGUUGUGAUCAAAGUAUUUGCUCUGAAUGUUUUGUGCAGAUUAAAAGACCGGAACCACAUACGCCAGAACACCACGGUCCACCACCAAUCGCAUCCGAGAAUGCCGAGGAUACAGAAAUGCUAGUUUCAGAACCAGCGGCUUGUCCUUACUGUCAACGACCUGAGUUUGGCGUCACCUACGAGCCUCCGCCUUUUCGUCGUGGACUUGUCUAUGCUAAACCCUCUCCAGAAGUAGCCAACUUCUCCUCAGCCAUGUCAUCGUCGUCGUCGAUCAACUCACCGCCUCUAACGAGUUCGGGACUCGCCGCACCAAGAGGAGACAGACGCCGGGCUACGUCAUUGUCAGCUAAUGAUUCUCAUGUCAUUACGACAGACCGUAUCAGACCGGAUUGGUCAGCAAAGCUUGAAGCUGCCAACCUGCGCAAGGCCAAAAAGAACGCUGCCGCUUCGGCAUUACAUGCAGCCGCCUUUGUGCUUCCGGGUACCUCGGAGAACCGCACUUAUACCUUUGGCCGAAGCCGCUUUGGUAGAAAUAAUCGGAGCGACAACAGCGCUGAAGCGAGCGGAACUGCCACACCUCCGAAUCGUGAUGCUAGCUCCAGAGCUGUUAUAGAGUCAUCUGGUCAUGCGCGCAGGGAAGAUCAAGAUCCCAAUGCUACGCGAAGGAUGAGAAGGGACGACCUAGAAGAAUUGAUGAUGGCUGAGGCUAUUAGACUUAGCAUUGCGGCCGAAGAGGAGCGGAAGAAAAAAGCCAACAAAGAAGCCGCCAAGGAGGCGGUAAAGCAGGCGAAGAAGCAGGCCAAGGAAGAUAAAAAGAAAGAAAAAAAAGAGAGGAAGUCAAUAUAUGGUGCUAACGGGAAUUCGGCGAGCUCGAGUAUGCUGAAUCUAGGCAGCAGCAUAGCUGCCACUUUUACUGGGAGAAGAAGAGGUGAUAGCACCGCAAGCCACUUGGCUAUAGAGGUGACACCUGAAGAAGUUGAAGUGCCUGUACAGGGAAAGGGAAAAGGUGUAGAUCGCCCUUCUUUGGCAAAUCAGGGGAGUUCCACGGAUAAUGGGCUUCCUAGCGGUCAGCAUUCGGAUCCUUCUACAAGCUCUAGUUUGUUGGAAACCCAUCAGUCAGUUACUUCUCCUGCAAGCCCUGACAAGCUUUCUCAUAUCAGAGAGAUGAGCACCGUUUCUAGUGCCGCAUCUUCAUUAGUAGAGUCUGGAAAUGGUACUAAUGCUCAAGGCUCCUCUACAAGCAUCGAGAAUCCUGGCACUAAUGGGGCAAGCUCUGAGGGGAACGAAGAUGGUGAUUCGGGAACGGAGUCUAUGUUUAACUUCCAAAGCCUCACAGCCCUGAUUGAAAAGGAGGAUGAUAAUGAGAAAACGCAUAGUGCAGAUCAUGUCGAAAACGCACACGAAGCCUCGGAUUCUAGACACGGAAGCCGAGAUGAAAAUGCGUCUCAAGAUAUGGAUGUAAGCAUGGAAACUAUACGACCUGCAGAUUCUCCUGCUCGUGUCGACAAUAUAGACCGCAACCACUCGAGUACAACUGGGCUCCAGAUGCUAGAUACAGAGAUCGACACCAGUAUCAUUACACCGCAGCUAACGAUUACACCAGAGACCCCGGCUGUCAUGAACCCAACGGAGGAGAAUGGAAAACAGCUAGGAUCAAGUUUUACGAGCAGAACGAAUGCCGAGAUAACUCAGUAG